CGGUACGUAAUUUAGCUGCCACCGCGCCCUGAUCUUGACGGCCAUCUUGGGUUUGACUAGGAACGGUUUUCGAACUUUCAUCCCUUCGAAUCUCUGUUUUUUCAAGCCAUCGCCAUGGCAGAUAAGGAAGAGCAUGUUUAUAUGGCUAAGCUGGCCGAACAAGCAGAGCGAUAUGAUGACAUGGUGAACUCGAUGAAGGAAGUCGCCAAGAUGGGCACAGAGCUUUCUACAGAGGAUCGUAACCUGCUUUCCGUUGCUUACAAGAAUGUCAUUGGCGCGAGACGGGCAUCCUGGCGAAUCAUAACCAGCAUUGAACAGAAAGAGGAAAGCAAAGGCGAAGACAUGGCAAAGCUUGAAAUGAUCAGAAAUUAUCGUAAAACUAUCGAGGAAGAGCUCAAAACAAUCUGUGGUGAAAUUCUUUCUUUGUUAGACGACAGCCUGAUCAAAAACUCCCAAAGCGAAGAGUCCAAAGUAUUUUACAACAAAAUGAAGGGAGACUACCAUAGAUAUGUUGCUGAGUUCUCAAAAGAAGGACGUGAUGAGGCUGCCAAACAAUCUGAAACUGCCUAUAAGGAAGCUCAGACCAUUGCCACCGAACACUUGGCAAAAACCCACCCCAUCCGCCUUGGUCUAGCCCUCAACUUCUCUGUUUUCUAUUAUGAAAUCCAGAAUGCCCCAGAGAAGGCCUGUAAGCUGGCAAAAGAAGCAUUUGAUGAUGCAAUUUCCGAACUGGAUUCUUUACAGGAGGAGUCAUACAAAGACAGCACCUUAAUCAUGCAGCUGCUUAGGGAUAAUCUCACUCUGUGGACAUCGGAUUCUACCAAGGGUGACGAUGAUAACAAUCAAUUGCAAGAUAUUGAAGGUGAUGAUAGUUAGACAGCUUCAGAUCAUUGAGGGGAAAGUUUUCCUGAAAGUUAAUUAAGUGUGAACGUGUAUAGUUUCUUGUACAUUACCCUUCACUAUAAAUAGUGUUAGGAGUAGCGCGAGUAUAUUCCAGUCUUUUUUCAGUGAUGUUAGCAUCAUCAAAAUUUAGGUCUUCUGUCAGAAUACUAUACUAACGAUUGUGGUUUUAACUAUUCCUGUCAAAUCCUGCUUUUUAUCUGUUUGAAAAAUUAAAGCUGAUACUCUGGUGUUUGAAAAAAGGGCCUUUUUAUCGAAGAUAGAGCGGUUUUCAUGGAAUGUUCACUUUGUUUCAUGUGAUUAUGAAAACCGCCCUGUUUAACCAGAGAAUGGCAUUGAUUAUUAUUAGAAUUACUCAUUUCUGGUUAGAAAUCAAAUUCAUGUUUGGGUCUUGAAAUAACUAUUGCAUGUAACCUGAAUUCUCAUUUUAGAAUGUUAGAUUUGUAAAGAACUUGUGAAUUAGUUUAUCAAUCCCAAAUCAUGUUUGUGUGGUAUUCUGUAAGCAAAGAUGUGUUUGGUACUGUAUUUAAUAUCACUUGGCUCCCAACACCUUGUAGAUUAUUGCUUCAAUAACAACCAACAGCUAUGCCGUUAUGUACCAAAUUAUUGAUUUAAAUAAAUUUAUCAUGUUA